AUGUCGAUGACCAUCGAAGACUGCGCCGCUGCUCGGCAGCCUCGGCCCUUUCCCGACACGCCUACCAACGUCCUGGAGCAGUUCAAGAUGAAGGGCAAGGUCGUGGCCAUCACUGGAGCCAGCGAAGGCAUCGGGUUCGCCGCCGCAGAGGCAGUGGCCGAGGCGGGCGCCGACGUGGCGCUGUGGUACAACACCAACGACGUCGCCAUCGCAAAGGCAGAGCAGCUGGCAAAGGCGCACGGCAUCCGCGCAAAGGCCUACCGGUGCGAGGUCUCGAACCACGAGGCCGUCCGCAAGACCGUCGAGGCCGUCGUGGGCGACUUUGGCAGGCUCGACGUCUUUGUCGCCAACGCCGGCAUGGCCAUCUCGAAGCCGCUCCUCGAGACGUCCAUCGACGAGUACCGCAAGCAGAUGGAGGUCAACCUCGACGGCGUCGUCUACUGCGCAAAGUACGCCGGCGAGGUCUUCAAGAGGCAGGGCUCCGGCAACCUCAUCAUCACCUCGAGCAUGUCGGCCCACAUCGUCAAUGUUCCCGUCGACCAGCCCGUCUACAACUCGACAAAGGCCGCCGUCACGCAUCUGGGCAAGUCGCUCGCCCGCGAGUGGCGCGAGUUUGCGCGGGUCAACAUCGUCUCUCCUGGAUUCUUCGACACCAAGAUGGGCGCCUCGCCGCGCUGCCUCAACGAGGCCUACAGGAUGUCGGCUCUUGGUCGACAGGGACAUACUAAAGAGAUCAAGGGCCUCUACCUCUACCUGGCCAGCGACGCGAGCUCGUACCAGACGGGCUCCGAUACGCUCAUUGACGGUGGAUACACUCUGCCCUGA